AUGGCUUCCAAGCGCGGUCGUGGUUCCUCCGGUAACAAGCUCAAGAUGACCCUCGGUCUGCCUGUCGGUGCGGUCAUGAACUGCUGCGACAACUCCGGCGCCCGUAACCUCUACAUCAUCUCCGUCAAGGGUAUCGGUGCGCGUCUCAACCGCCUGCCUGCUGGUGGUGUCGGUGACAUGGUUAUGGCCACCGUCAAGAAGGGAAAACCUGAGCUCCGAAAGAAGGUCAUGCCCGCCGUCAUUGUCCGACAGAGCAAGCCUUGGAGACGAGGCGACGGUGUCUUCCUGUAUUUCGAGGACAACGCUGGUGUGAUUGUCAACCCCAAGGGAGAAAUGAAGGGUUCUGCCAUCACUGGCCCGGUCGGAAAGGAGGCUGCUGAGCUCUGGCCGCGUAUCGCGUCGAACUCUGGUGUCGUGAUGUGA